UCGCGCGCAUCCCUACUGGCGUGUGGCCAUUACGUCCUGCGUUAGAUGAUGUGUGUAUACCUACUGGCGUAUGGCCAUUAUGUCCUGCGUCAGAUGCUUGGGGACAAGCCUCCAGGGAAAUGUUCGAGUUUAUUGUAACAGAAUAUCUCAACAAUACAAAAUACAAGUAUUGGUCAAUUAUCUCAAUCUUAAAGUACACAAAAUCAAAAUGUCAAUUAUAUACCGAUUCCAUUGACAAUCUUAAAGAGGUAAAAGAAUUUGUCGACAAACUUCGAGAGGAACAAGAAGAACGUGGAUUUGAAACAGCUCUUCAAAUAAAUGUGGCAUCUGCCUGUGCAAUUAAAGCCUUAAAGGACUAUCGCAUGAAUCAAACAGUCGUUAAUGAAUUAAAAAAUAACAAAUGCGAGGAAGGACCUUCAAAAACGAAAUCCAUGAAAAGAAAAAAUAAUCUAAACGAGGAAGAUGCGAGCUCAGAGAUAGAGAAUAGUUCAGAAUAUGAUGAAAGACCAAAUAAAGCUACAAAUGGCAUUGAAGAAGUCAUUAGUAGUAGCGGUGCAAGUGAUAAAUCAAAUGAAGAAUCCUUUGAUAUUCGUGAUUGGAUUAUAAAUGUAUUGUCUUCCGGAAAGGAUGUAUUCAAAAAUUCUAUCAUAACUUCGCUAAUUCCUGAUCACAAAUUCCGAAAGAUCUGUGAAAUUAUUCUUUAUGACUUUUUUUCAAUGGCUAGCAAAAAUCCAUUAAACCGCUAUAUUGGAGAACGAAAGUACACAGUAGAAAGAAUUGUACCAUUGUUCAAGGCGAUACAAUCUGUCUAUAAAGAAUUUAUGUUCGAUUGGAUUGAAGUGCAACUUAAUUGCAUCAAGGAUAUGAAGACAUUGUUUCCAAAUUUUGAUAUGACGCUUAAUAAAGCAAAUGGUGUUUGUCUGAAGGUUUCAAGUAAUAAGGAAGUAGUAUUCAUUGAAAUAGCAGGAGGUCCAGAAGUUACUAGCGCGGUAGUAAAACAUGCAAAUAAUAACAUUGUGGAUUCUUUUUUUAAAAUUUUAGAAUUGAUUGUAGAAUACUUAAAUUGA